AGCAGGUGACUUAAGAUAUUAUGGACUUAAAGGAGUUCAUUUCAAUUAUUAUUAAGUCUUAUUCUUUUUAUUAGUACAUUUAGUUUCAAGAAAUGAUUGGGGUUGGAGUUUGCUUUUGGCAUAGUGAUCAUAGUAAUUCCUCUGUUUUCUGCUUAGACCGUCCAAAGAAUACAGUGCUUGUGAUUGAGCCUCCUGGGCAGAUAACUGAGGGAAGCAAAGUGACUCUGACCUGCAGCACUGAUGCCAACCCACCAGCACAUGACUACAGAUGGUACAAGAACGGGGGGUACACACAUCUGACCAACAGACAGACGUUAUCCUUUAGUCAUGUCCGCUAUGAGGAAAGAGGAGAGUACAGCUGUCAGGCCACUAACAACUAUGGUUCCACCUUCUCUCCUUAUACAUCACUGCGUGUUUUAUAUCCUCCAAAGAACACAAGAAUCGAGUCUGAUGCAUCUGGUGAAAUGAUUGAGGGAAGCACAGUGACUCUGACCUGCAUGAGUGAAGCUGACCCACCAGUACACACAUACACCUGGAUCAAGAAGAGUGGAGCUGUAGAACUGAAGUCAGGAAAGGAGAAGACACUCAUCUUCAGCAAGAUCCGUUCUGAGGACCGUGGAGAGUAUCUCUGUCAAGCAGCCAACAGGAUUGGUCAACAGGAUUCUCCUGCUGUGUCUGUCCAGGUUUCAUAUCGCCCAAAGAAAACAACAGUUUCAUUUUCUCAUGAUAGUGUUAUUGCCAUGGGCAACACAGUGACUCUGACCUGCAGCAGUGAUGCCAACCCACCAGUGGAGAUCUACACCUGGUUUAAGGUGGGUGAGUCCACUCCAGUAGGAUCAGGACAGCAGUACAGCAUCACUAACAUCAGCUCUGAGGAUGGAGGACAGUACUACUGUGAGGCCCGGAAUAAACAUGGAGCUGAGGACUCUACUGCUGUGUCAAUCAUGGAAGAUGAAUCUGUAGCAGGAGCGAAGAUUCCUGUAUUGACUGCUGUGAUAACAGUCUCUGUCUGUGGACUACUGGGUCUCUUCUGUGGGGUAUUCUGGCUGAGCAAGAAAUGCAAGAAAGAGAUGUUGGCACAAGGAAGGAAUGAACAGGUGAGACAGAGGACAUGUGGACAGUGUCCAAGUGUUUACUGCCCGUGAUAAUAUUAAUGUUUAUGCAUGCUUGUGAUUUAUUUGUGUCUUCUUUGUUAG